UAGGAUGGAUGCAAUCCCUCCAACUCAACCAGAGGUCUCGGUUCCAGUUAAAAAGUUCCGGUAGGGAGCACUUCUCUAUUAAAUAGAUGAUAGGAAACACUUCUCCCUUAAAUGAGCCCUAUGUUAAGGAAACCUAGAAUAGUCAGACCAACAAUUUUAUUUUAUUCUUUUUGAAAAAAUAAUUAAAAAAUUACCCUGUCUUCCUCCAUUUUCUAUAAAGAAGAGAGAAAGUGGGAGAGAGAGAUAUCCAACCUUGGGUAAGGCUAUCUUUGAAUUGUGAGGUAGUCUUUUUCUCACCAAAAGUCUGGGAGGUGGUGGCAAUAUGUCUACUCCAACAACUAAAACUGAACAAAACAGAAAUCCAAUCCAAAGAGCGCCAACUUCAAAGCCUCCUUUUACAAUCGGUGAUAUCAAGAAGGCUAUCCCUCCUCACUGCUUUCAACGAUCUCUCAUCCGCUCACUCUUCUAUGUUUCUCGUGAUGUUAUAGUAGUUUUCGUCUUCUGCUACAUCGCCACCAAUUACUUCCACCUCCUUCCAUCCCCCCAUCGCUACAUAGCAUGGGUUACUUAUUGGAUCGUUCAAGGUUGUGUUUGUACUGGAAUAUGGUUGAUUGUCCAUGAAUGUGGCCACAAUGCCUUUAGUAAUUACCCGUGGGUAGAUGACACUGUUGGUUUUAUCCUCCACUCUGCAGUUCUAGUGCCAUACUUCUCAUGGAAAUAUAGUCACCGUCGUCACCACUCCAACACUAAUUCCCUUGAGCGUGAUGAAGUCUAUGUGCCAAGAAUUAAAUCUGAACUACAGUGGUUUGUCAAAUCCUCAAACAAUCCCCUAGGACGAAUAGUGCUACCUAUAGCCACCCUCACUCUUGGCUGGCCAUUGUAUAUGACCUCUAAUUUCUUGGGAAGACAUUAUGACCGCUUUGCAUGUCAUUUUGAUCCAUAUAGUCCUAUAUUUAAUGAUCGUGAGAGGUUAUGGGUCUACAUUUCAGAUGCAGGUGUGCUCACAACAACUUAUGUGUUGUAUCGCGUUGCUCUGGUGCAAGGGCUAGCUUGGCUUGUAUGUAUUUAUGGGAUGCCCAUUCUAUUUCAGAAUGCCAUCUUAAUAUUACUUACUUUUUUGAAUCACAUUCAUCCUUCAUUGCCGCAUUACGAUUCAUCCGAGUGGGACUGGUUAAGAGGAGCUCUAGCUACAGUAGACAGAGACUAUGGUGUGCUUAAUAAGGUCUUUCACUAUGCUCCAUCCACUCACUUGAUACAUCAUUUAUUCUCAACCAUACCACAUUACAAUGCAUUGGAGGCAACUGAAGCUGUCAAGCCAUUACUAGGAGAAUACUACCAAUUUGAUGGUACUCCUUUUUACAAAGCGUUCUGGAGGGAGAUAAGCGAGUGCAUUUAUGUGGAAAAAGAUGAAGGAUCUCACGAUAAUGGUGUUUAUUGGUUUAAAAACAAGCUCGAAAAAUGAAUACAAAAAGCUAGUUACUUGAAUCAGUUAAAUAAUGUUUAACGUGAGUCGAUUUAGUAUUUUAAAUUAAUGUUUUUGUAUCGUUAAUUGCUUGGAUUGUAAUUUCCAAUCACCUCAUAAUGUAUCAUUUUAGAUGUUAUAUGUG